AUGAAUUUCGGCGUAGACAAAGAUAGUUCAUUAAUUGAUACAUCAGUUUUACCAAAUGAUAUAUUUACACGUGUGGAUGAUGAUUUUUUUCUAUUAAAACUGUUAUCUACACCUGAUGUAUUCGCAUUUUUUCAAAUUGAAUCUGAAGAAACAGAUAAAAUAAAAGCUGAAUUUUAUUUUAAAUCUAAAACUGGACAACAUUUUGUUAAACCCGGUAUUCAAACCAGUUUAUCAUAUUUAAUCAAAUUAUUAAACCAGAAGCUAAAAGAAGAAUUAACACUAAAUGAAAAUAAUGAAACUCGAGAUACAUUUAUAUCUAACGAGUUUAUUGACAAGCAUCCGCUUUUAAAAUCUUUAAUUAGAUGGUAUCAACAAAAUGACUCGGAAAACAACAACAAAGCAAAUAGAUACACUGAAUUAAUUAAAAAAUUUGCCAUAUGCUUAUAUAUUUUCGGUGGUAAACAAUGCUAUGAGUUCGUUCGUUUAAAUAUGCCUGGUAGUAUACCGCAUUUGUCAACACUUGGUGACUUAAUUAAUAUAUCGAAUAUGACUUUAACCGAAGCAGAAUUUAAAUUUGACUCACUUCAAAAGUUUCAAUCAGGUUUUGGAUUUUAUUCUGAAGAUACUACUGGUAUCAUUCCUAAAGUUGAAUACGAUUCGUCGACAAACUCAUUCAUUGGAUUUACAACACCAAUUGUUGAUGGUAUUCCAUUGAUGAAACAUUAUCAAGCUGAUACAUUUGAUGAUUUUAAAAUCAUUUAUAAGACCAAUGAAACAGCACCAUUAUUGAAUGUGCAUAUGUUUCAAAGUAUAUCAACAGAAGAUGAUCCAACAAAUUUUCCGAAACCAGUUUUACUCUCUGCUUAUGGUGUUGACAACAAAUUUACAGCUAUGGAUAUUUUACGACGAUGGAUGUAUAUUUUUGAACGUUGUUUAGAUAAAGAUGUUCGCAUUAUCGGAUUUUCUACAGAUCCGGUACAUAUCGUUACCAAAUGGCGUAAUCGAUUGUUAUCAUCAACAGCGGAUUUAUAUAUUGGGAACGAUAAAAUUAGUAUGGCACAUAUAGAACAACUAAUCGAUAACAAUAGUUAUACAAAAUUAGAUCAUGGUUUGACGAAAAGUGAUAUUAAUCCUAAAGAUCGCCAAAAUUAUAAUUCAUGUAUUAAGUUAAUAUCAGACGAUGUAAUAAAUCUUCUUAAUGAUAGUAUAGAUAGCAAUGGGACAGUUGUUUAUUUAACAUUGUUAAAAAUGAUAGUAAAAGCAUACAUUGAUAAAUCGACAAGUAGUCAUGAACGUAAGUCCAUUUUUAACAUUAGAGACGAAAAAAGUCAAACUGAUUAA